CGCGAAUCAACAUUGACGCAUUAUCUUCUCAUGUUUACGCCGUACGGUUAUUUCCAGUAUCAAUUUGUAUAUAGAAUCAGUAUCAAAUUAAACAAAUCUACCCAAAAAAAAGCAUUAUGCCACAAAACGCAGGAAUACAAAUUCGUCGGCAUUCGUCCUUGAAUCGUAGUCCAGUGCAGCUCUCAAGUUGGAACCGGCGGGAUGUAGAAAAGGAUGUCGAGGAGCAAUUCCGCAAAAAGUUUCGUUUCAUACCCAAGGACUCAAUACGUCCUUCGCUUCCGCCACUAGACACUGUAUACUCCGGACCGCCCUAUAGCAUUGAAGCCCUUCAGAAGGUGAAGACCGACCUGAACGCAGUAAAAAACCGGUUGAACGAUUUUGAAAUCAGCCACUGGCAUCAGCACACCCGUAACCGGUCUUCGUUGCCUCCGAUUUUGAACGAACUGCGUCAUCACAUCGGAGCGGAGUUCGUAACCCAAGCCUUUGCGAAGCUUUAUGAAUGUGUGGCGAGCUACGAGUUGGUUCCCCGGGAGAAGAAGGAAUUUUUCAGUGUGCAUCUUUGCGAAGCACCCGGUGCAUUCAUUACCGGUCUGAACCACUAUCUGCAGCUGAAUCGAAAAGGUAUCAAGUGGCAGUGGUUUGCCAACACGUUAAAUCCCUACUACGAGGGAAACUGUUUGGGGAAUAUGAUCUCCGACGAUAGGUUUUUGUUUCACACAUUAGGCUCGUGGUGUUUCGGUGAGGAUGCCACUGGUGAUAUCAUGCAACGGCAGAAUUUGGACGCUAUCGUGCUACGCAGCAAGCAGUUUCAGGAGGUUAAUCUCGUCACAGCUGAUGGAUCCAUCGAUUGUCUGGAUGUUCCAGAAGCCCAAGAAGAGCAUGUAUCCCGAUUACAUUUGGCCGAAGCAGUGACCGCACUGAAACUCCUCACCGUUGGUGGAUCCCUAAUUCUGAAAAUGUUCACACUUUUCGAACACUGCAGUGUAAAUCUACUCUACCUUCUCUACUUCUGCUUCGACGAGUUGAAUGUAUUUAAACCAUGCACCUCCAAACCGGGCAAUUCGGAGGUGUACAUCAUCGCAAAAGGUUACCUGCAGCCGAAAGGGAUUGAACGCUAUCUGGACAAAAUCUUUGACAAUCUGCACUCGACGAACACAAUGUUUGAUAGAAAGUAUAUUCCUAAUGACUUUAUAGAGCAGGUCCGCGAAUGUGCGUAUGCUUUCAUGAUCGCUCAGCAAAAUGUGAUCGAACAUAACAUAUUCUUUUACCGCCGAAAAGACGAAAAGGAAGAUUCGAGGUUGAAACAUUCCAAACAAAGAAUGUGCAGAGCGUUUUUUGAAACUUAUGCCAUCAAACCUAUUCGCCCAUCGGAGACGAUACUGAAUGGGAUUGAUAUAGUGAAUGGAAUGAUCAACAUCAAUCCCAGAGAUAACAGCGGGACAUACAAUGAGCGAAGCACGAUAAGCUCGCUAAGUGGAGAGCAUCGAUUGAAUAUGCUGAGAGAAAGACUGGCGAAUCUUCAGCAGGACAAACCAGUAUUCCUGCCGCGAUCCCGUUUCACCGAUCGCCCUUUUAAACGAAUGAGUUCCUGCGUUGGAGUCAUUUGCCUUAGCAGUGGUAAACCUGUAAAGAAACUUCAGAGUAGCAAAUUUAUUGUCAUAACAUACGUUCGCUUUCUAAUGGAAGUGAUGGAGUUUUCAGCGCUAGACUUCGGGACCAACAAUGAAUUCACCCUGAUCACUUUUGAUCGCUCCUCUUAUACCAUAACGAUUGGUAUACAAGAGUACGCGGCCCUCACAGACCACGACGACUACGAAAAACAACUUUUUCAAAUUAUCUUUCGGUGUAUCGAAGAGCUCCCGCUCGAGGAGAGCGUGAAUCAUCUAGUCGUAGAAAAUUGGCUUCUGCUGACGCAGUUCAGCGUGGGCCUUGUUUUUUUUCUUAAAAUAUUCGUCUUCGAGCGAGUCGAACAAACAUCACCCACCAAGCUGCAGUUUUCCUGUCUCAAACCGGAUGGAAUCGCAAGCAUGCAGUAUUUAAACGAAGCACUACAAACAGAACAGAACCGAUGUGCUCCAACGAAAUCAGUGCUUGGCCUAGUUCCAAUUCCGCUGUUGCUCGACGGGGGCUUCUAUUAUGCUGUGAUAAACUACAACGUUAGUCUGUGCUUGCGGUACUGUGAGCAGCUGCUUACCAAGUGAAGCAUAAAUGUGUAUGCACAAUAGUCUAGCUUAAAUUAAAUGAAUCUAGGUAAGUUUUACAUUAUUGAAUUAUUUUGUAUAGAAUCCCGUGAAUAAUGGAAGUACACUGACCAACUGGUCCAUUUGAACAAAACAAUAUCUCUGAACUAACUUCAACAAUACGAUAUCACCUAAAAAAACUUGUUACUAGAUAUGACUUUAGUAAGUAUAGGUACACUGCGGAAUGCGUUUCUGUCAACAAAGUAUUCAAAGAUUCUUUUGCCACACCUAACUAUAACGUCGAGAGCGUAUACAGAGACUACAGUUAUAUGUUGUUACACUUUCCGGUUGAACAUUCUGCGGAGAUACUGUUAUCAGCUAUCAUUACAAGAAUUCAUCAAGUUACAGUUCAGAUAAACACUGAGCGUGGUUACCAAGCCUUUUUCCAGAAUGCCAAUAUAAGUUAAUUAGUGUGCAUCGAAAUGCUUUUAGUCUGAUUAAAAUAACCACUUCACACAGUUGACUUUGUCCGAAUUGAAAGCGAAAGCAUUCUCGUAGCACGGAAAUAGUGCUAUUCAAAACCGUCCGCGAUGAGGUAUUUCAAUUGCGUUCUGCUUAUAUUCCUUUUAAGUACCACAGGCGCGUGGUCAGCACCUGCUCCUAGUCAGGAAAACGGUUCGCUCGGUACGUUAAGAUAGUACGAUCCGUUGUUGCAAGAGAAUAUUGAUGUGUACUAUAUAUUGUUUAAACAGAUGUUUCUGGGCGACUGUUUGUACAAACUCUAAACUGUACCAACCCAAGUUGCAGAGCACAGUGCAGAGGUCGAGGUUACGCUACCGGAAAGUGCCAGAUAGGAAGGUGCUUCUGUUCUUAUAUAUAAAGUUGUUUUAUUUAUUCGUAUUGGAAAUGAUUUUAAAUAAAGUUUAAUUUUGUUGUAAUAA